UGAAUGCAGAAAGGCAACCACAUACAUUUCUGAUGCCAUACGUUGAGGUUUGAUAUAUAUAAUAUCAAUUUCCUCAGUGUUGUUAACCACAAGUCCUGAUGGCAUAAUUGUAUACAAGGGAGCGGCUAAAUUGGAAUAUAUCGUUCGAAGCUAACGACUACAGCAGACAGAGGGGCAAAUUCACAGGAGUCUGAUCUUUGGUUUCGUUUCUACUCGCAUGAGCGCUGGUGAAGUUUUAGCGCCGACCCAUCACUAUUGACGAAUCCAUAGUUACGCGCAGCAGCAGGAAAGGCGAAGUGAAAACGUUAGGGAAUUUUUAACCUGGAAGCUAUUGGAUUUGUAGUUCUGUCGCCACCGCUAUAGCGCUGGUGAAGAUUUAUCAAGCCAGUUGCCGAAGAACAUCAGCACUAAUCCAUCGUACGGAAGGCGAACACAACGAACGCAAACUAAUAUGGCGCGCACGGCCUAGAAACGCUGUCGAGUCACGUGACUGAGGCGAACCUGUGUCGGAGCGUGUCCGAUUUUUCUCUUCGUUCAGUUCAGAUGCCAGUGCCUAAUGCUAUUUAGCAGGAUAGCUCUUACCAACGAAUUCAUGAAUGCUGUACUACAGGACACGCAGUACACGCAGGAGCCUGAUCAUGAGCCGGAUAAUGACUGCGCAAACAGCGCGGACGUGUCGUUUGAAAAUUUCUAUGACGCGCCUCAGGAGAAUGUUCCUCUUAGUUUAUUACCCGAAUGUCGGAUAUCCUUGGACCCUACCGAUCGUUUAAUCGACGCUAUAGAUUCUUUGAGGGAGGUUAUCUCCGAGAAUACUAAUGCCCAAAACAGGCUUCGGAGGCAUAAAGGACCUACUACGCCGGGGAACAAGCCAAUCACUGGGACGGGCGGCUUACUCAAGUCCGAUGAGCGACUAAAAGUUAGAAAAGAAAAGGUAGGUCCUGGUUAUAGUGACAGCGACGACAGCUCCAAAGAAAAGGUGAUAGUAGAGCUACGGGUAGUCUUCCUAAAGAUAGGAGAGAUAGAUACAUUAAAAGAACAGUAUAACGCGGACGUUUUUAUACAAGCAAAAUGGCGGGAACCCAAGCUAGACGGGAAAUCAACAGAGGAAUUAAAAAUAAUAGAAUUAGAAAAAUAUUGGAAUCCACUGCUCUACAUCGACAAUAUCAUUACGGAAACAAAGGACAGCUGCUGGCUGACAGCCACGCCCAACUCACGAGGCGAGGCCUACGUCAUGGAGAGGAGGCGAAUCAAGGGAAUCUUUCUAGAGAAUUUAGAGUUGAACGAUUUUCCUUUAGAUGUUCAAGAUUUAACUCUUACCAUGACGACGGAGCGACCAGACACUGAAAUCGACAUCAUUCCAGACGAAAAUGAAAUGAGUGGUAUCAACGUUCAGACGUUCGUAGACCAACAGUUUAUUUCCUCCUCCUCCCCCCAGGAAUGGAGACUACAUGAACACAUUGAGGUCACCAGGAGAGUGAUGACGCAAGAAUUUUCCAGUUCUAGUCGAAACCAUCCAGCACUCUCGGUCACGUGUCGAGCGGCGAGACGUCCGGGUUACUUCUAUUGGAAUGUGUUUCUCGUCAUGUUUCUGAUCACCGGCCUAUCAUUUGCAACCUUCGCCGUGAGCCCGAUACUGCCCCAGAACCGCCUUCAACUUUCAUUUACACUAUUACUCACUUCAGUGGCAUUUAAAUUCGUCGUCAUACAAAGUCUUCCAAAAAUAUCUUAUCUGACUUAUAUGGAUAAAUAUGUAUUAAUGUCUCUUGUGAUUCUGUGCAUUGUAUGCAUAUGGCACGCCAUUGUGACACUGUUUAUUGGGAAAAUGGAUGGACGGACGGAUAUAGUCACGCCGACUGUUGCAAAACUGGAGCGAGAUGUCUUCAUAUCGUUUGCUGUCAUGUAUAUCGUCUGUCAUAUUUUCUUCAUCUUCUGGUUAUAUUUUGAUGCAUGUAAACGAAGACGUCUGAUGAAAACAAAGGACAGAGAAUUCCGGACUACAAGUACAAACUUGGAUUUUCUCGCAAAACGAAAAGAGUGGCAAGAAAAGUCGAAAGAGCUCUCACUGAGACGGACUAGCACAGUUCCACUUCACGCAACGCAUGCAGCCAUUUACGAUAGAUCGUAGCAACCUCAGGAUUGAAUGGUGUUCUCGCCCUGGCGAGACUAACACGAGACUUGUGCAACAACACCUAACCAAUCUCGCUCUGGCGAGGCUACUAAACCACGAGACUUUGCAACAUCUAACCCGGUCUCGCUUCGGGGAGACUGACACGAGACUAAGCAAAAUCUAUCUAGAUCGGUACCUGAUCGUAUCACAAGAUGGUAGCACAGAGGAUGAAUGAGACGAUGGGUUAUGCCUACCAUUUUAUUAUGAAACCGUCUGCUAUACAUUUACUGCUAGUAAUUCGAUUUCGCCCACUUCUUCCAGGGUCAUGACGGUCAGGGCUCAUAAUGCGUGGCACAAGUCACACCAGCAGGCCCUAAUUGACCUAGAGAACAUGUUAUCACGUGAUGCGAAACAUGUGCAUGUGACGUUAUCCUAAAAUUUCAGGCAUAUAAACCAAUCGUCUCAUCGGUCUCUUGUGCUUCCAUCUCAUAUUAUGACGAUGGGGUACCAGUCGAAAAUCUAUCUUGAUUGCAAGAGUGUGUUCUCGCGGUGGCGAGAGGCUAACGAGACUAGAGCCUUAGUUUGCUGAUGUGAUUAACUCUUAACCAAUGAUAAUCGUUCUAGACUGCUGAAAGUGGUCACGUGAUGCCUUUGCAACCUUCCUCGCUAAACUGCUGCUGUACAUACACAAGCAUUGCCAAACUGAUCACUGUAAGUCGUUGGUACUGGGAUCAGGCUCUUUUAUCAUAAACUUUUUUCAAUGAUGAGACAUUUUUAGUGCACAUAAAACUGUCUGUAUAUUCGUUGCGAGGUUGUAAAGAUUUCACAGCCGCAUAUCUAGCUUACUAGAAACGGGUGGGCGGGGAUAUGACGUCGCAGUAUGGCGUCAUUACUGAUGUAAAUGUAAAGUAUAUCAUCUCACUUUCUGUCACCCGUAAUCAUUACCAUAAGGCAUAACGGAUGCAUCACGUGAUCGAUAUGUAAAUAUUCUAGUUAUUUAAGUUCACCAAAUGGUUCUGCGCGUGAGAUGUGGUGCGCAUAUCGGCCAGUAGGUGCCGCAUCGAUAUCACCAUUUUUAUAUCAAAAGUUUUCCCAAAAACUAGUUCAAUUCACCAACACCAAGAUAUCAUAGACAAACAUUACGAGUUAAACUGCUCUAAAGUUCAGAGAAGCACAUCAAGUUUAUACACACACAUGCUUCAUCAGCUAAGUACAAGUUGAGAUGUUGCCUCACAUACAUUCUACUACACGACAUCCACCAAAAGUUCAUCCCAUGUUUUAUGGUAUUUUGAUUCUUAACUGGGUUAUUCCUUGCAGUGAAAUCAUUUGGAGGUUCCUAAAAUGAUCUAAAAUCUCAAUGAGUUCGCAGCGACAUGCCUUAGUACUUCAGCACCAAGUGAAUACAUCGACCCUUCGUCGCAGAAUUUGUAUGAGGAGUGUGUUUUGAAUGUGUAUAUAGUCUCCUGCAAAUCGUGUGUGUAAUUUAGACUGACGAAUGAGGGCCUUGCGUGUGUCACGUGUGUCAUAUAAAAGAUGUCAAAGAAAUGCAUACACUUUACUGUAGUUUUACCGAUCUAGGACCGGUUGAUUUAUCACACUAUGUAAACAAAUAGAGUUCAAACCAGAACAUGGCAAGCUGAAACCGCCAAUCAAAUGUCCAUCCAAAAUGACUACUUUUUGGGUUGUUCUGAAAUUUAAAAAGGGCGCCAAAAGUAGAUAAUAUGAAAUGAAAAUAUACAUGUACUAUCAUGAGGCGUCCAUGCAUAUCUUUUUGCAUGAUUGUAUGACACAAAACGUGAUUUGAGUGAUUGAGAGUAGUCUGUGUUUUGUUGUAAAUCAUCCUGGAUGGUAACACAUUGAAGGCAGCUAUAAUUCAGGAGAGGAAGGGGCUCCAGUUAGUGGUCUCCUGGGGAAAACUAUAAACUUUUGGAACUUGGUCUGCUAUUAAUUAGUGCUAAAAUGUUCCUAGAACAAGUGUAAUAGUGCCGACGAUGAUCCUGUGAUAUAAAUAAGACACCUAACGGCCACUUGGUGAAACUCGAUUUGGCCCAUCUGACCCUGUCCAAAGCAUAUCCGUAGUUGCGUCAUAUAACUUGGCCUGACUGGCUGACCAGGAGGCAAAGGGCGUUGCAGUUACCAGCAUCUGUAGGGAUGAGGUGUACGAUAAGAAAGUGACAAACUAGUGUGAAUGAAACUGCUUCUUUGCAUAAGUCAGAUGAAAACAUUGUCACUUAAUCUAUGGCCCUCUAGUGGUCUCAUUUUAUACAAAUCAAAUCAGAGUUCUUGGCUUCUCUGAGCCAUUAAUUGGUAAAACAAGAGUGUCAUACUUAUUUUUUGAAUAAAAGAAUAAACUUUGACAAGUAAGGAAUAUCGUAGAAACACAACACCAAUAUUCUAAUAAUGAAUUACUCGUUUUAUUGUAUUUUAAACAUAAAACUUAUACUUUUUUGCAUAUUCUACCCUUAAUAACAAUAAAUAUACAUUGUACAUUUUUGAUAAUAACCAUAUCCAUCCGACACUAUAUCCAACAUUGACAAUACUGUUCAUUGAUAAACUAAAUAAAUAACAUCUCCAAAUAUGCGGUUCUGUGUGCAGUUUAAUUAUAUUCAAAGGUAUGGUGAUGAACAGUCCUGAGGUAGACCUACCUUCUAUGAGACACCUAAGGGUUCUUGAUGUGUGAAAAAAAAAAGUUAACAUUCAAAAUACACAUGUAUGUAAUAGAGCUGGCCAUGGUGAAAAACCUUCAUCAUUCGGUCUUCAUAACUAUAGAGAUAUUUAGUAAAAAGGGUGAAAAAAAUUGCACAAGAAAAUAAGUCAGUGGUGCACAAAGUCAGAAAUUGAUUUUGUAAAAAAAAUUAUCUGCAUUGGGGAGCGCUGGCUCUAUGGGUCGGAUUUCGGUUUUCAUAACUGUAGAGAAAUUUUAGAGGAGGGUAGGAAUUCAAAACAUUAUACCAGAAAAUAUGUAAGUGGUACGAUUAUAAAAGCCAAAAAAAUAUAUGAUCGGGUCUUUUUUUAAUGAUAAAAUUUUUUCCACUUUGUGAUCAAAUUUCUUUAUUUUUAAAUUAAAACAUGUAAAUAAACAUGCAAUCUGUGAUCUAAUUAAAAUAUAACAAAUCAAUAUUUCUCUCAAAAUACGAAGAUUAAUAAUUUAUAAAGAUUGGACCAUGGAUAGAAUAAUAUUUAUAAACUUGAGUAGUCACAUAAGUAUGAUGUUUUUAAUUUCAAGAUGAUAAUGAAGUUGAAUAAAAGCGCUUAUAAAGGGUUUGUCCGUGAGGCUAGUCCAGGAAUAUGAAAUACCCUUGUGGUAUCAGUUAUUAUAGAGUCAUGGCAAUCUUCUGCUACACUCUUAGAAAAACCUUUAGAAUGUUUUUUGGCCAAGACAAAGAUGUACCCGAUAUAGGAUUUUCGGUAAAAUGAAAAACUCCUAAUGCUCUUGAGAUUCUGAAAAACCUUCAUUUUGCUGAAAGACUUCUACGUGGUACAUCGUGUUGACCGAAAAACAUUUAAGGUUUUCGAAAGCUGUUAAGUUUUUCAAAAGCUUUUAAGCUUUCGAAAAUUGUAAAUGGUUUUCGGUCAACAAAUAAUGUGUCUUAAAAGACAUUUUAUUUCUAAGAGUGUGGGUUUCAAAAUGUUGACACUUUUGAUUUCUAAUCUCUCCUGCCAUUUUUGGAUAUUGAACUUAUCAAACAUGUUAUAGAAGAUUAUAAUUAACAACUUUGGUGAAGAACAAAUGGGUUCAUAAGACGCGAUAUGUUUGAAUUCAUGGCUAAAAUUUUUUAUUGUAUGCAUCCUGCUAUCGAUAUAGGACCACGACCACGAAGUGAGUAAGCAAAUGCAACAAGUUGCUCAAAUGAAAUUGUUUGAUAUCUGAUCGAAUAUGACUAUUUGCACUACACUAUAGUAACUUUUCCUCAACUUAAAUUCAGAGAUAAUGGAAAUCAAAAGUCUCAAGUGUAUUUGUGGAACACCUAGUACAUGUUAGUAGCGCCGAUCACCACAUCUCAGAAAACAAUUAUGCAUAUUAUAGAUACGAUGUGUAAAAUAUACGGACAUACUACAGAGAAUAAAUGUAUAUUACCCACCUCUAAAUGGGAAUUUUAGUUUUAUUUGUCAUUAACUUAUACACGAUAGAAUUGUUCAUGCCUUAAGGUCUCUUGGAUCCCCUUCAAAAGGCCCUCGUUUAGCUAGUUUUCAUGUUGAGACCUCUCUGAUGACCCCUCUGGGAUUCUAAAGAUCGUGUCAUCGCACACCUUUUUAACAAACGACUGGUUUUCGGUGAUGUGUUCGGAAUCCAGUAAUGUUGGAUGCAUAGAUGUCAAAGUAACGUAUUUAUGUUUUGUAGUUUAGAAGAUUGUUUUUAAGAAUGCAACCUCGUUCGCCCCCUCUUGUCAAAAACGUGACGUGUUUGGUUCGCAGGUAAUAGUGUGGACACGACUGACACAAAAGGCCGAAACAUCAACUGAUUGUGGUAAAUUUUAUUGUUCAUCUACUUUACCCGAAACAGUAGAUAUUGAGAUGAAAUUUGAUUAUUUAUCCUACCCUAUUGGUCAAUGUCAGAUCAAUCUGCAUUGUAUAGAGACCAAGGCUUGCAUUACGAUCAUAGUACUUAACUAACAUCACUCUAUGUUCACCGGACUUUCUUCGUUACGCCUUUAUAACUGCUGAUGGAUUUGAAAAGUACAAAGUUAAUAGUUUGAUUACACUAAAAAUAUCAUUAAUCUAAGAGAUACCAUUGUGCUGUUGAUAGCUAAU